AUGUGGCCAAUUAUUCUCAAUGAAGACGGAAGUGGGACAUUCUUUGGAAGAUCCCUGAAGAUCUUGUUAGAACUGAUCUUUAUCAUCCUACCCUUCUCAGUGACGACUGACGGGAUCGGUUGGUCAGGCAACAACAUUGCUAUCUUCAAACUGAGAACCCGCAUCCAGUACAACAACUGCAAACAGCCAGCUUGUCUGGAACCUCAGCGCACCUCCGCUACAAGCGCCCUUGACGUACCGGAAGUAGAUGACACGUGCAUCAUGGCCUCUGUUGGUGACACGAGUAAUAAUAACUCUGAACCACCCAACAUCCCACAACAGGCUCACAUCAAGCUGUACAGUAGACAACUCACUGAAGCUAUUGUGCAGUAUGUGUAUCCCCAGUUUUUGCCAGAUGGUGUCGUCAUAGGCAGACCCGAGAACCCGUCUGUUCAAACAUGUCUGUCAGACUGGGGCGGUAUUGUGGUGUGCCGGAGGUCCAACAAGUGGUGGCUUAGAGGCAUCAUCAGUACCAACAACUGCCUCGUCAGCAAAGGUGGAGUGGCGACACCCGAGCCUCCCAUCUUCAUCACCGAGGUGGCAAACUACAAGCAGUGGAUCGACACCUGUCUGAACAACAUCGACAGUUGCCCAACUCGAAGAGUUUAGACUGGAGAUCCUAGUCUUCAAACCAUAGUUGUUCAUUACAGUUUCAUUACGAGAAUUGUCAGAGAAUACAUACAGAAUGAUCACGUUCAUUUGUAUUUGCCUGCACUGGCAUAUAACCACUACUGUAUAAUGAAU